UCUCCCUCUCGUCUUCUCUCUCUGGCUAGCUCGCCAUUAGAGGCGCUCCCAAGGAUUCUUCACUUCCAUCUUUUGUUAUAGUCGACCUUUGCCAUUAACACGGGUGGAUAUGGCCGUGGUUGAUCGUAUGACUAGAUUUCCCGAGUUUGGAGUCCCAUCGAUCACGCCAAGCAUUCGUGGAGUCACAUCUGAACCUGCGACACCAGUGUUUCACGACAAGAUUUAUGUUGCGGUCAGGGAGGAUGUGAGGGAGAACAGAGUGAAGCUUGUUUGGACGGUGCAUCAAUUAGGAGGUAGCGUCAACAUUUGUAUCGUUCACGUUCUAGUUCCUUCACAGAGGAUCCCCAUGAAACUGGGUGGAGAAAUGCCCGCGAGCACGGCAAACGAGAAAGUGUUGAGAGAACACAGAGAAAACGAGAGGAAAAACAUGCACAAAAUCUUGGAUUACGGCUUGCUUGUUUGUAAACAAAUGGGGGUACAAGCAGAGAAAGAGUACAUAGAAUCGGACAGCGUUGAAAAGGGAAUUGUGGAGCUCAUACGUUUGCACGGGAUUAAAAAGCUUGUAAUGGGUGCCGCAGCAGACAAGCGUUAUUUCAAGAGGAUGACAGAAAUCAAGUCCAGGAAAGCCAUCUUCGUUCGCAAUAAAGCGGACAUGUCUUGUCAAAUUAGGUUUAUCUGCGACGGGCAACUCAUUCACACAAGGGAAGCUCGGAAGGUUCAAUCUCUUGCACCAUCGCAUACUCCGACCCCAGGAGCCAAGCAGUCGAUUCUCCCCAAAUCACAAUCCGCCAGGCUGCAAAGGAGUGGUACGGCGAAGUUGAGCAAUCCAAUUCAAGACAUUCUGAAAAGAACGUUCUCUUCAAACGCCGACCCGCGAGCAGUGACGCCCAUAGCCUCUCCUUCCCCAGAUACCACUCCUUCAGAGCAGCCUAAUGCGGUGACCAUGCUGCGGAGCCAAGACACUUUCCAAGAACUCGAAUCAUUUUCAACGAGUCUUGGCCAUUGUCCGCGGUGGAAUGAGUCGGCCUAUCUUACAGGCCACUCCUCAUUUUUCAGCACCCUGGGUAUGAAUGUAAACGCCGGGCGAGAAGUGCUUGAGGAGGAAGAGGUCACUUGGGCUAAAGUGGAAGUAGAUAUCAUCGAAGGCGGGCAAAAGGAUCCCACGAAGAUGAAGUAUCCACAGAGAUCAUACGCUGAGAAGUUGGAGGAAGAACUUGAGAAGGUGAAGAAUCAGCUAGACAAAGUGAUGGAGGAACUUCACAUUGCCCAGUAUCAGAAAUCACAACUCAAGAGCCAAUUCGUUGAGACUGACCAGAGCAGAAAGGAGUUGGAGAUGAAAAUCAUCUUGAGCGAGGAAAUUAUUAGUACUUACAGACAAGAGCGAGAGCUGUUGCAGAAUGAGCUCGACAACGCGCUCCGAAAGGUUGAGGAGGUGAGCAGAAGGCAAGGACAUUCCUCAGGCACAAAGUACUUCUCUGAGUUCUCCAUGACCGAAAUCAAGGAAGCUGUGCAGAACUUCGAGCCGUCCUUGAAGAUUGGAGAAGGCGGUUGUGGGAUUGUGUAUAAAGGUUUCCUUCGACACAUGCCAGUAGCUAUAAAGACGAUGAAAUUUCAGAGCAUGCAAGGUUCCCAACAAUUUCAACAGGAGGUGGAUGUGUUGAGCAAGGUGAGGCAUCCUAAUCUCAUCAUGCUCAUAGGCGCUUGUGCCGAGCCUUGGACUCUAGUUUAUGAAUAUUUUCCAAAUGGAAGCCUCGAAGACUGGCUCCACAGCAGCAACAGAGCGAAGCAGCUGUCAUGGCGAGCCCGGAUAUGCAUUGCUACGGAGCUCUGCUCCGUCCUAGCCUUCCUCCACUCCUACAAGCCUCACAGCAUUGUCCACGGGGAUGUCAAACCAGGGAACAUCCUACUUGACGCGCACCUUGGGUGUAAGCUCAGCGAUUUUGGCAUCUGCCGACUGCUGUCGCAAGGCGAGCGGUCGAGCAACAACACCACAGUCCUGUACCCGACUGUCGUGAAAGGGACGCUAGGAUACAUGGACCCCGAAUUCCUCAUCACGCGAGAGCUCACGACAAAGUUUGAUGUUUAUUCUUUCGGAAUUAUACUGCUGGAGUUAUUGACUAGGAGGCCCGCUCUAGGACUAGUUAACGAAGUGCAAAAGGCGAUCGAUGCAGGGACUUUGAAGGCCAUCUUGGAUCCAUUGGCUGGAGAGUGGCCCGAUAUGCUGGCCAAGGAGUUGACUCAUUUGGCUUUGAGGUGCUGCGAGAUGAGCAGAAGGAAUAGGCCGGAUCUCGGGUCAGACGUGUGGACGGUGCUCCAAUCGAUUAGAGCUUCCCUCGGAUACACCUAGACUUCCGGAUACUCGGGGAUUGAGCAAUAUACAUGUGUUGGAUGUGUACUUUAUCUUUAAGUAAAUAGACUUACUGGGUCGUGUGUGGCAGUCGCCGGCGAGUACCGGCUCAUUUGUGUAUAUGUAUGUACAAAUUUUUUGUUAGACCGUUUAUUAUGCUAUCUUGUUGAGAGUUCUUCCUGCAUGUACCUAUCAUAGUUCUUAUUAAGAGAUUUUCUUCCGCAUUAA